GAUAUAGACAUACACAGAAAAGGAAAGGAUGACCUACAGAUGAAUAGCUUUCCAGUUCUUCUUAACCAGGACUUAGAAAGUAACGAUUUUGAAAUGCUAAAAGAAGUACUUCAAACUAGGAAUUUAAACCUUAUAAAAAAGACUGUAUUAAGGAUGCCCCUGCACACUGUUAUUCCAUUGUUGCAAGAGCUUACAAAGAGGCUACAAGGACAUCCUAAUAGUGCUGUGCUAAUGGUUCAGUGGCUAAAAUGUGUCUUAACAGUUCAUGCAGCAUACCUGUCCACAUUGCCUGACCUGGUACCCCAGCUGGGGACACUCUAACAGUUAAUGGAAAGCAGAGUCAAAACUUUUCAGAAUCUUCAUGGAAAGCUUAUUCUUCUAAUUACACAAGUAACAGCAUCAGAGAAAACAAAGGAAACAACUUCCCCUGAACAGAAGGCAAAGUUGGUGUAUGAAGAAGAAUCUUCUGAAGAGGAGUCUGAUGAUGAAAUAGCAGAUAAGGAUUCUGAUGAUAAUUGGGAUGAAGAUGAGGAGGAGAGUGAAAGUGAAAAAGAUGAGGAUGAUGCUGAAGAGGAAGAUGAGGAUGCUGAAGGAAAAGAUGAAGAAAAUGGUGAGGACAGAGAUAGAGCAAGUGAAAAAGAAUUAAAUGGAGAUUCUGACUUAGAUCCUGAAAAUGAAAGUGAAGAAGAAUGAAGACAGCAAAGCAAGCCAGUCAAACUAUAUAAACUCUGGCUCCCCUUGCCCAGUGGUGAGGGUUGCCUCUGUGCCAGGAUGCCAAGGACCGCUGCGCAUUUCCAAAUUCACAGCAGUGGAUUCCAUGCCAUCUUACUGUCCUGAGCACCCCAGACUUAACUGUGUAAAUAAGAGUGUUUCAUUGAAAUGUUAAUAAACUUUACACAGUAUA